AUGGAGAAAGCCAUUGCUGUCCGGGAGAUAGAGUUGAAUGUGAUGGAGGUGUUUGUUGUCCGGGAUAAAGAGGUCCAUGCUGAGAAGGAUGCUCUUUCUAUCCGAGAGACAGAGAUAGAUGUUGACGAGGGCGGUGAGACUGUCCGCAACAACGACGUCGAGGCGAGGGAGGAGGACAUCUUCGUUCGAGAGUUAGAAGAGCAGCUCACGGAAGGUGCUGAUGUACGGGAGUCAAGUCUGGACGCUGGGAAGGUAGCUGUAUCUGCCCGGGAGGAAGAUGUGGAGAUGGAUGCUGUUACCGUCCGGGCGAAAGAGCUGGACGAUCUCCAGGAAGGUCUAUCCGUCCGGGAGAAAGAGCUUUGUGUCAAGCAGAAUGCUCUGUCCGUACGUGCUGAAGAGCUGGAGGAGGAGAAGGAAACUCUUUCCGGGCGGGAGAAAGACUUCGGCGUCAAGAUGGAAGCACUUUCUGUCCAGGGUGAACAGCUGGAGAAGGAGAACGAAGCUCUAUCCUGCCGGGAGAAAGAGCUGGGUGUGAAGAUGGAUGCUCUUUCUGUUCGGGCUGAAGAGCUGGAGAAGGAGAAGGAUGCUCUAUCCGUCCGGGAGAAAGAGUUGGCUGUCAAGAUGGAUGGUCUUUCUGCCCGGGCUGAAGACCUGGCGAAGGAGAAUGAUGCUCUAUCCAUCCGGGAGAAAGAGUUGGCUUUCAAGAUGGAUGGUGUAUCUGCCCGGGCUGAAGAGCUGGAGAAGGAGAGGGAAGCUCUAUCGAUCCGGGAGCAAGAGCUGGGUGUGAAGAUGGUUGUAGUAUCCGCCCGGGCUGAAGAGCUGGAGAAGGAGAGGGAAGCUCUAUCGAUCCGGGAGCAAGAGCUGGGUGUGAAGAUGGUUGUAGUAUCCGCCCGGGCUGAAGAGCUGGAGAAGGAGAGGGAAGCUCUAUCGAUCCGGGAGCAAGAGCUGGGUGUCCGGAUGGUUGCACUAUCCGUCCGUGAGAAAGAGUUGGAGGAGAGGAAGGAAGCGCUGGAUGUCCGGGAGAUAGAGCUCGCUGAGCUGGAGAAGGAGAAGGAUGCCCUUUCGUUAAGGGAGAAAAAAUUAGAGGAGGCUGAGGGUAUUCUCAUGGAGAAGAAGAAAAGUUGGGAGGAAUAUGUGGUGAAAGAGAGGAGGAGAUUUCAAUGGAGAGAAACCUGCUCAUUUCAUUCAAAUAUGAUGCGGAGAAAAGGGAGCGAGGGCUUAAGUGCAGCUUUGAAGACCCCCUACAAAGCUGAUACUGCUGUUAAGAACCUCAUACAGCCGAUUGUCAAAUAA